UGCAGCAUUGCAUGCAUGUUCACGAACUAAUUUAUAUGGUACAAUCUGAACUUUAACCUAGAAUUCCUCUUUACUUUACAAAAACUUCUCUUUUUACAGUUUACUUCUUUACAUGCAUGAUGCUUGUUUUAUUUGUUCUCGUCUUUGACUAGUGUGUUUUGUGACUGAGGCAGGCAUAUGACAAUAGCUACAGGUUGCUUGUAUGCACACUCACAUAAGCUAUUUAUUUUUGUGACAUACAACUCAGAGAGAUUAGAUAAAGUGUUGGUGUUGCUAUGCCUAAUCUUUAAACAGAAAUAUUUUGUUACAAUUAAUUUAAUUGAUGAUGUCAUUUGGUUAAACUUUGUUUAAAAUGCAAUGAAAUCACCAUCUGAAUUCAUUAAGGAUAAUCUCAUUUUUCUGUAGCAAAAAUUGUGUAUUCUGUUUACUUGAGUUAAAAAAAAAAAAUUAAAAUAUCAGAAAACGGAUUUACAUUUGACAAAACUGAAAAAGUAUGGGAGACCUAGUAAGGCAGUAUCAUAAUGCUGGUGGUGGUGAAAAGAAAGAACUCUUGUACAAAAUUUUGGUGAUUGGGGAGCUGGGUACAGGGAAGACAAGUAUCAUCAAGAGAUAUGUUCAUGCCUUCUUCUCUCAACACUAUAGAGCCACGAUUGGUGUAGACUUUGCCCUGAAAGUUCUCAACUGGGAUGCUGACACAUUGAUACGUCUACAGCUGUGGGAUAUAGCAGGGCAGGAAAGGUUUGGGAACAUGACCAGAGUUUACUACAAGGAAGCUGUUGGUGCCUUUGUUGUUUUUGAUGUGACGAGGGCGUCGACGUUUGACGCCGUGACAAAAUGGAAGGGAGACUUGGACAACAAGGUCCAGUUGGCUGAUGGAUCCCCUGUCCCCUGCGUCUUGUUAGCCAAUAAAUGCGAUCAAGCCAAAGAAGGUCUAGUCAACAACACAUCCCAGAUGGAUGAGUUCUGUAAAGAGAAGGGCUUCAUCGGCUGGUUUGAGACCUCGGCCAAAGAAAACAUCAACAUUGAUGAGGCCGGCAGGUUUUUAGUUACCAAGAUCCUGGAGAAAGAUCGGGCCAACAAGCUGGGAGAGGAGGAGCGACGCAGGGACCUUGUUGACAUUGACUCGCCCGACCCCUCCACCAGACAGGACAAGAAGUUUCGAUGUUGCUGACACUAGUCAUUUUAGACUUUUUUUUCUACGGAUUGGGCCACUGAAUAUUACUUUUGGGUCACUCCUCUUGCGAUUCAAACUUGUGACAGAAAAUCUUUUAAACAGCUGCAUUACCUGGAAACUAAAUAACAUUUUUAAACAGAAAAACUUUUUGAACCGCCUGGUGCUAGAUUACUUUAGUAAGAUGAAAAUUAAAUGUUUUGAUAGUGUAAUCAACUUUUUAUGUGAUGGUUAUAGCAGCAAUGGUGGUGUAGAGGUUCUAAGAAAUAAUUUAACAAAAGUCUAUUUAAACACCUAACAGACGAGGCACAUAUAGAAUAAUAAAUAACCUUAUUAGGUUACAAUUAUUUACACAAUUUUCAUAGCUAUGUAUAGUAACUAAUGUAUAUUUUCAUUCAAAUAAUAUAUUAUUCCGCAUUUUGUUUUUCAUUUAAAAAUUGGGUGCAUCCGUUACUUGUGUAAAUAGUGGUUCAUCUAUUUACCACAAUAGUGGUUCAUCUAUUUACCACAAACUGUUACUCCCACAUAACCAGCUAUGAUGAGUUUGUUGUGUAUUUCUUGACUCUUUAGCAUAAUCAAAAGUUAUCGUUAAUAUUGUGAUAAAAGGUUGAUUUGUUUUUGUGAUUUCUGCAUUUCAUCUUUAUCCAUAGAUUUUACUAUCUGUUCUAAAUUUUGAUCCGUGGAUAUUAUCAUCUGCCUACAUUUUUUUACAUCCAUAGAUAUUACAAUCUUACCUAAAUUUUGAUCCAUAGAUAUUAAUUUCUGCCCACAUUUUCCUGAGUUGCACAGGUCGUCGACCAUGUGUGUAGACUGUGUGUGUAUGUUGUGUAUGUAUGUCAUGUGUGUGUAUGUCAUGUGUGUAUGUCGUGUUGAUGCCAAUUAAACCCAGAUAUGUUUCACCAACUGUGGGAGCCUUGAUAAAAAUAUUUGGCGGACAAGAUUUUAAUCAUCAUUAAAAGUCAUGUCAUAGGUCAUAGUUUUGACAUCUUGUUGUAUCUGUGACUCUGACAUGUCAUAUGUCACAGUUUUGACAUCUUGUUGUAUCUGUGACCCUGACAUGUCAUAUGUCACAGUUUUGACAUCUUGUUGUAUCUGUGACCCUAACAUGUCAUAUGUCACAGUUUUGACAUCUUGUUGUAUCAGUUACCCUGACAUGUCAUAUGUCACAGUUUUGACAUCCUGUUGUAUCUGUGACUGCAGUCAUUACAUCUCUAGAUGAAAAAAUACUCUAAUAAUUGAAAUGCUUUUGCUCAUCAAUAUUUCAUUGUCUUACAAACUUGUUGUACAAGUUUUGGUCGUCUUGUUACAUUUUGAAAAAUAUGAAAUAACAUUUAGCAUGUUGAUUUUAUUAACACUUUUUUUUUUUUUUUUUUACAAAUUUUACAAAUAAUUGGUUUGUGACUCAUCAAGUAGGUUGCAAAUUUUUUUCACAAUGGCUGCAAACAAUGUCCUGUAUCAUUCUUUUUCUUAUUAUAAAACAUGGUGUUACAGGAAUUUUUGUCACUAAAAAAUUUGUCAAUCAUUUUUAUUUAGAUUUACUGAUUAUGUGAAAUGUAUUGCCUUUGUAUGUGAAAUUACUGAUUUUUAUGGGGAAUCUAUUUUGAAAAACCAGCCUUUUGUACAAAAUAGUUAUAAUUGUUCCAUGUCAACUCUAUCAUUUCUUGUUUUGUUUAGGCCAUCAGCUAUUUAAAAAACUGUUCUCGUGUGAUUUUAAGCAGACUUGUGACAUUUCAGUUGAACAAUGUUUGAAAUAAUUCAUCCAAGCCUGGACCAUUGUGUGGCUAGACUUGACUGGCCCAUUGUAUGGCUAGACUUGACUGGACCAUUGUGUGGCUAGACUUGACUGGACCAUUGUGUGGCUAGACUUGACUGGACCAUUGUGUGGCUAGACUUGACUGGACCAUUGUGUGGCUAGACUUGACUGGACCAUUGUGUGGCUAGACUUGACCUGAACUGUUUGGAGACUUCUGGGAACUACUUACUCUUGUUGUGUAUUGUGAUCUGGUGUUAUCCUCAAGGUCACAUGCCGUUGUUUGUGUUGAUGCCUCAAGGUCACAUGCUGUUGAUGUUUGUGUUGAUAAACAGACAGUUGCCAUAUCUCUUGAUCUUUUUAUACCAACUUUGUUGCAAAUUUGUUGCAUAUUACAGCCAUCUUGUCAAAAGCCCUGUGUUAUAUUCUCUCUUAGUGUGAUUGCUGACGUACCAUUCUUUCAAUGAAGUUUUCUUUUGGUAGUUGACUGAUGCUGGUAUCAGACUCUAGGCUAAUCUAAUGUUUUAUUACUGGAAUGAAAAUGUUACUUUUGUUACAGGAAUGAAAAUGUUACUGGAACAUGUUUUGAUAAACUAGUUUGAUUUGAUGCUUGUGUUUUUUAUUCCCUUACAGAUGUCUAGUCUUACCUUUUCUAUUUCUUUAUCAGAUUUCUAUUUAUACAUUUUACAUUUACAGAAAACAAUAUGCAUUGCAAUGAAAUGAAUUAUGUAUAGCAUUAUUGUAUGUUUGUCAAAUAUUUUGGUCAGAAACUGAGUUUUGAUGAGGGUUGUGUUAUGUAUUGAGCUAGGCUCUAUUUUUUGUUGUUUAAUAUAUUGUACUCUAAUAUUAGACAAUCUUGUAGAAGUUGCUUCAUUUAAUUUUUCAUGUAUUUUAUUUUUGCAUUUUUUCCCUGACCACUGACUAGAGAAAAACACAUGGCUGGCUGAAAAUCUGAGCUAUCUUAAUUUAAAAUAAUAAUUUUAGUUAAAAACUCAAAAUGAUUUAAGUCUAUGGGGAGUACUCAAUCGUGUCUAUUAAUAUUUUAAAAAAAAAUCGUUUAUUAACUUAGUCAGUCAUCAGUGUCAGUCAGAACAGAACUUAAACUUUAUUCUAAGCUAAAUCAACAGCCAUUCUUAUCUUUGAAAACUGACGUCUUGCUUUACACUUUAAACUAAUCCAUCUCAUUUGUUUUAAGCUGUUGCGAUGUAAUAUUUGUGUUUGUAAACAUCCAGCAUUACACCUGUGUUACAGGUAGAACAUGUUUUGAUUCUGAAAGCAAGAAAAUGUCUGUGUUGUUUCUACUGACUUGACUGGUGAAAGUUUUUCAUAGAACUAGAGCUGGGCUAGUCUCUCACAGGAUAACAUUUCACUUGUGAUGUGAGCUGAUUGUAAAAUAUCUUCAAUCCUUGCCCAAGUCCUGCACAUGAUUGAAAUGAUUGACGCAUCAAACUUUUUUGCCGAGUACUUCUAGAACUUAAAAUUGAGAGAAUUCAUGAAUAAUUAUGUAGCAUGCAUGUCUUUGGUGACUCAAGUUAGCUGUGACUAAUUUGGUGACUUUAGUUAGCUGUGACUAAUCAAGUCAAAAAAAUGUCCAUUUAAUUGAAGUAUUAGUGUAAAUUUCAGGCAUUAGAUUUUUUUUUACCCCAUAAUGUGAAUUAUAAACUACAAUUAUUAUACACUUGUUGAAGUCUUUUUGUAUACAUUUGAAAUUUUACAGUUACGCGAUCAUACAACGUAAUAAUAUGCAUAUCUUUAUUCUCUUACACAUUUUCCCAAGAAAACUUUAAUUCUUUCUGUGCUUAAAAGGUGAUGUUAAAUUUGUGAGAAGAAACAUUAUUUUUCGGAUUAUUAUUUUUAAUUUCUAAAUGUGCUUUUUUUUAAAAAUUUUCUUUUGUCUAUGGCCGUAUGGUGUAUAUGGUGUUUAGUGACUGGAUAGUUCUAACAAUUUGGUUGAUUAGACUUGUACAAUUUUUAUCAAUAACAGUAAAGUUUGAUUGGUUCAUUCAUUAUUUAUCAAUACUAGUAAAGUUUGAUUAAUUGACACCUGGCAUAAUUAGGUGUGGACAAAUCCAGAGUUUUGACUUGCUGGUCAAACACACAACACGUGGUGCUAACCCAUAACAUCAGGUGCUAUAACUCACUGGUCAACUCUCUCAUCAGGUGCAGUAACUCUGUCCUCACCAACUUAAUGCCAAUACAGGCCUCAACGUUCAAAAUUUUCGUGAGAAAAACCAAUGUUUCUAUAUUUAACUCUCAGCUUGAAUGUGACAAAUUCAUGUUUCACAUGUUGUCAAUGAUUGUGAACUUGUUUGAUUCAAAUUGUAUCAGCUGUUCUUGAACUCAAGUAUUCCAAUUGUUAUUUUUAGAACUUUUUCAACUAACUGUUGAUUACAUAUGAGGUACAUUGUUUAAAGUUUUCCUACCUUCUGACAUGUUACCUAUUUGUUUACCAUGUUAAGUCAUCUAAUGAUGUUUGAACUGUUUGUUUACUUUGACUAGAACAAGACUCGGUUAAAUUUGACUUGUUCAAUUUGACCUGUUAACUUUGACCUGUUAACUUUGACCUGUUAACUUUGACUUGUAUGGAUGUAUUACAGAGAAGUAUUGAUGAACUACACUAAUUUUUAUACCAUUUUUUAUGAUUUGUACUUGGAUGGUACUGCUCAGAAUAAACCAAUAUACUCUAG